UUCAUUUGGCAUUGCAGUAGCGACAGCGUCGGUGAGAGUAACCCACCACUAGAAUGUCUUAAGAAAUUAGUUUAAGUUUGGUUUCGAGUGCCGAAAAAAUCGAAAAACGAAAAAUCAUUAAAAUCUCCAAAGUGAGAAGUGAAAAGUGCAAUCAAUUGCGAAGUUAUUCUUGUAAAAUUAUUUUAUAGUCGACGCAUACGCGAUGAUGAGCUUUGAAAUUUGUCGUUGUUGUUUACGCGACAACUCGACUUGUACAUAUUCCAUUUUCGUGCCAAUUUCGGAAAGCGACGGCAACAAUAACAAUAAUAGCUGUCGUAAUAUUUUUAACGGUAAUGAAAAUUUGCGUGCCGCGCUGCUGACGUGUGCACCCACUCUGCAUGUUGAACGCGAUGAUGGCCUGCCGGAUGUCAUUUGUGAACAAUGUUUGUGGCGUCUGCGCGACGCACUCGAAUUCCGUCGCCAUUGCGAAGAGAGCGAACGGGAGCUGCUGCGCCGCUAUGCCGACACAGAACGUGCGAUCGAAGAUGCGCUCCAACUCAUCAAUGUGCUCGAUGAUAAGCAGCACCCAAUCUCGGCGGAUUUGGGGCCCAACGAGCUGGCCAUGUUGGAUGAUCUCUUGCAAUUGGAAGAACACUGCGUGCAACGGCUGUUGGAUUUGGAUAGCGCAGCGAAUGUGACGCAAGCGGUAAAACCCGCCUUGAAAGGUCUGACAAACCGAGGUGUUAAGGAUUUACGUUUGCUGACUGAUGCAAAAGCAGAUGAUUUAAAUUUGCAAAAAACGCCAAGCAUUCCUCCACCACAAGAAGUCGUUAGCAAUGAGCAUACCGACAGUUCUGCCUCCAGUACGAACAGUUCACACGACAGUACGCCAAAGUCCCUACAUCCUUGUUCGGAGUGUGAGAAGAAGUUCACACGCAAAUUUCAACUCAAACUACAUAUGAUAUCCGUACACAAGUUGGGUGACGGUUUGCAGUACGAAUGCGAUGAGUGUCAGAAAACUUUCGCAUCCCGUCACAGUCUUAGCUAUCAUCAGCGUUCGGUGCAUUCGGACGAACGUCCACAUGCGUGUACGCACUGCGAUCGACGUUUCGUCUUGCGCACCCAACUCUCCUCACAUCUACGCAUACAUACCGGCGAGGCAAAGCCGCGUAUCUUCAAGUGUCACAUGUGCGAUAAACGUUGGCCGACGAAAUCGGUUUUACGCACUCACAUGCGCUCCCAUGUUGUUACGCAGGAGCGCCCCUUCAAAUGCGAUCAAUGCGACAAGGCGUUCUUUACGCGCGGCCAUCUCAGCUCUCAUCUGCUGGUGCACACUGGCGAAAAGCCCUUCUCGUGUCCCACCUGUGGCAAGUCGUAUCAAUGUGUGGGUAAUUUGAAUAAUCAUAUGGCCCGGCAGCAUGACUUUGAGCGUAUCUUAGCGCGAGGACGCAAUGCGAAGGACGCAGAGAACUCAGAAAUAUGAUGCUGCGUGCGUAGUUAAACAUAAAUAUAUUUUUGUAUAUAAUUUCUUAUUUUUAUUUUCUUUAUACAUACAUACAUACAUGCAUACAUAAAAUGCUGUUGAAUCGGUUUUUGUA